AUGUCUUGCGACAGUCGGAGGGAUUUGGAACCGUCGCCGUUGAGCCAGCUGAAGGACGCCGCGGACCCGUGCGGCCCGAGCGGUCCGCGUUGCUCGGGCCGCGGAGAAUCGGAGAUGGAUUCCGCUCUGGGCGACGAUGUGGCACAAAACAAGAAAGAUGCUGAGGCCUCCUUGGAGCUUGAGAUGAGCUCUACCAUCUUCCUACAGAACCGCUCAAACGUGCCGAUGGUGGUGCUCCCGCUCGACGCCGCGGUGCAGAGGGACCGACCAAUUGAGUUGACGCCCCAGCGGGCCAGCUCGCUGGAGGAAGAUGCCCUGGCCGACGAGAACGCAGGCAGCAUCGUCUGGCAAAACGGGGGUUGGUCCUGA